AUGGCUACUAGAACACAAUUUGAAAAUUCCAAUGAAGUUGGUGUCUUUUCCAAAUUAACAAACUCCUAUGCCCUUGUUGCCGUUGGUGGAUCAGAAAAUUUCUAUUCAUCAUUUGAAGCUGAACUAGGUGACGUUAUCCCCAUUGUUCAUACUACCAUUGCCGGUACUCGUAUAGUUGGACGUAUGACUAGUGGGAACAGACGCGGUUUAUUAGUUCCAACACAAACCACUGAUCAAGAAUUGAUGCAUUUGAGAAACUCAUUACCUGACUCAGUUAAGAUUCAAAGAGUUGAAGAACGAUUAUCCGCAUUGGGAAAUGUCAUAUGCUGUAAUGAUUAUGUUGCAUUAGUACAUCCCGAUAUCGAACGAGAAACCGAAGAAUUGAUUGCUGAUGUAUUGGGAGUUGAAGUUUUCCGUCAGACUAUUGCUGGUAAUGUUCUUGUUGGAUCCUAUUGCGCUUUAAGUAAUCAAGGUGGAUUGGUUCAUCCACAAACUUCAAUACAAGAUCAAGAAGAGUUGAGUAGUUUGUUGCAAGUGCCAUUGGUUGCAGGUACGGUAAAUCGAGGCUCGAAUGUUGUUGGUGCUGGACUAGUUGUUAAUGAUUGGUUUAGUGUUGCCGGAUCCGAUACCACGGCGCCUGAAUUAUCGGUUAUUGAAUCUAUAUUUAGGUUGCAAGAUGCUCAACCGGAUGCUAUUGGUGGAAACUUGAGAGAUACAUUGAUUGAAACUUACUCGUGA